AUGAACCGCGCGGAGCACGAACGCGACGACGUCUUGAAAGAGCAGUACGGUUCUAAAACGAAAUUAUGCAAAAAUCAAAAUAGAAGGAAAAACAAUCUGUGCUGGUGUUGCUUUUGGGGGAGCGGUAACGAUGAGGAGGAUGUAGCUAGUACCGAAGAUCUGCAUACGAAUGGGUUGUAUCGAAGGAGAAAAUUUUUGGAUGGUGACGUGCCUAAGGGUAGCAAAAGGAUGAAGCCGCCCGUGAUGAGAGCAUCGGCGAAGGUGAACAUUGUAAAUUAA